UCGGCGGCAGCAUCAGUGCACCAUCAGUGUGUCCGACACGCCAGGCUCGAACCGUCAGACGCCACAAUCCGCAUCCCAGACCUUCGAACAGCGGAUUUCUCCAUUGAGAGCCACAGUCUUCAGCACUGAGAAUUACCUACCAACCAGACUGUCCUCCUUUCUGCAUUACUGAGAGAAAAUGGCGAUGUGCGCACAGUCUUCAGGUCUCCUCUGGUUCUUCUCGGUUCAGACGGUGAUAAUUGGGAGCGUGUUUGCAGAAGUAACAGGGGCACAACGCUUCCCCCAGCACUACUCGAUGAUCCACUGGGCUAGCCGUAUUGAAAAGGAACUGGAGAAAGUGUUGCCACAAGUCACCGGUGCCCACCAGUUAAAAUCAAUUUACAGUGAGAAGAGGAGUCAGUUUGAUGUGAAGAGAAACUCACCCAAAGACCUGGUGGAUAGGGUGGCUCGAGACAUUGCCAAACUGCUCAACAGCAAACGCAAAGCCCUGGAGAGACUGACCAGAGAGGCGGAACAGAUACAGAAAAAUCACCCUUGGCAGAAUGGCAUCCAGGCGGAUUCUAUCCAGUACUUCGACUCCAACAGUGACACUGACAUGCCUGACGACACAGAUAUGGAGAAUGACAAGGACACACCAAAGUCCAUUCCUCUGGAUUUUGUGGAUGACCCUAACUUUAAAAACAAAGUCAACUACUCUCAUACAGCUGUGCAGAUUCCUACUGACAUCUUCAAGGGCUCACUUACAAUUCUGAAUGAGCUAAACUGGACACAGGACCUGGAUAGGAUAUUUAUUAAUAACAGUCUAGAAGACCCUUCACUUCGCUGGCAGGUGUUUGGAAGUGCCACUGGAGUCACUAGAUUUUACCCAGCUGCCAAAUGGAGAGAGUCUAACAAGAUUGACCUGUACGAUGUGAGGAGACGUCCUUGGUACAUCCAGGGUGCCUCUUCUCCUAAAGAUAUGAUCAUCAUCGUGGAUGUGAGCGGUAGUGUGAGUGGACUAACAUUGAAGUUGAUGAAAACCUCAGUGAUUGAAAUGCUGGAUACACUAUCUGAUGAUGAUUAUGUCAAUGUAGCACAGUUUAAUGAAAAGGCAGACGCUGUUGUGCCAUGCUUUAAGACCUUAGUUCAAGCUAAUGUGAAAAACAAAAAGAUCUUUAAAGAGAAGGUGAUGCACAUGGCAGCCAAGGGGACAACCGACUACAAAUCUGGUUUCCAGUUUGCUUUUGAGCAAUUCCUAAAUGAAAAUGGUACAAGGGCAAAGUGCAAUAAGAUGAUAAUGAUGUUCACUGAUGGAGGGGAGGACCGUGCUCAAGACAUCUUUGAGAAGUACAACUGGCCCAAUAAAUCAGUUCGAGUUUUCACCUUCUCCGUUGGACAGCACAACUAUGAUGUCACUCCAUUGCAGUGGAUCGCUUGUGCCAAUAGAGGAUACUACUUUGAGAUCCCAUCCAUUGGAGCAAUAAGAAUCAACACACAGGAGUAUCUGGAUGUUCUGGGAAGACCCAUGGUUUUAGCAGGCAACCGGGCCAAACAAGUACAGUGGACCAACGUCUAUCAGGAUGCUCUGGGUUUGGGUCUGGUCAUUACCGGGACAAUGCCAGUUUUCAAUCUCACCACGAAUGGCGACUCCAAGAAUCAGCUCAUUCUGGGAGUAAUGGGUGUAGAUGUAGCACUUAGUGAAAUUAAGCAGCUCACACCACGCUAUAAGCUUGGAGCCAAUGGUUAUACAUUUGCCAUAGAUCCAAAUGGCUACGUUCUGCUUCACCCAAAUCUGCAGCCAAAGAUCAUUAGUUUUCGAGAGCCGGUUACACUUGACUUUCUGGAUGCAGAGCUAGCAGACAGCAACAAGGAGGAGAUUCGGCAACAGAUGAUUGACGGAAAGCCAGGCCAGAGGAAAAUCAAGACGUUAGUUAAGUCUGUUGACAAGCGAUACAUCGACCAGGUCACAAGGACGUACAUAUGGACGCCAGUGGAGGGCACAGACUAUAGCCUCAGUUUGGUGCUGCCAACAUACAGUGAGAAUCACAUCAGGGCUAACCUCAGUGAUCAGAUCCUGCAAGUUCAGUUAAAAGACACAACGGAUUUUGAAUCUCUGCUGCCACAUACUUUUGAAUCAGAAGGACAUGUGUUGAUAGCCCCAAGGGAAUAUUGCAAAGACCUUGAGCUUUCCAGCAACAACACUGAGUUCCUGCUUAACUUUAUUGCUCUGAUGGAGAAAGUCACUCCAGACUCCAAACAGUGUGACAACUUCCUGCUGCAUAACCUGAUUCUGGACACGGGCAUCAUCAGACAGCUGGUGGAAAAAGUGUGGAAAACAAAGGACCUCAACACGUAUGGAUUUUUGGCGGUCUUUGCAGCUACAGAUGGAGGCAUCACUCGGAUUUUUCCAAAUAAGGCUGCUGAGACGUGGGAGGAGGAUUCAGAGCCAUUUAAUGCUAGUUUCUACCGCCGCAGUCUGGACAACAAGGGAUACAUUUUUAGAGCACCCUACCGUAACUUGAAUACAUUCCUGCAAGACCCUGAAAAUGAUACCAUUGGUAUUCUGGUCAGUACUGCAGUGGACAUUACAGUAGGUUCCCGGACCAUCAAACCUGCUGUGGUUGGUGUAAAGUUGGACCUUGAAGCCUGGACCGCAAAGUUUAAGAUUCUUGCCAGCAACCAGACCGACAGCACUCGACAUAGACAUCAAAUGUGUGGCCCAAGCGGCAGUUGCGAGAUGGACUGCGAGGCACAUGAGGACUUGCUGUGUUAUCUGAUUGAUGAUGGUGGCUUCCUUAUCAUGUCCAAUCAGAUUCAAGACUGGAGCAAGAUUGGCAUGUUCUUUAGUGAGGUGGACCAAGAACUGAUGUAUGCGCUCUACAGCAACAACCUCUACCACCGCAAGCAGUCUUUAGAUUUCCAGUCAGUGUGUGGACCUGUGCCUAAUACUAACACUGGAGCAGCACCUAGAAGUGUAUUUGUUCCCACCAUUGCGGAUGUGUUAAACUUGGCCUGGUGGACCUCAGCAGCUGCCUGGUCUAUCCUUCAGCAGCUACUUUAUGGGUUUGCCUACCACAGUUGGUUCACUACAGAUGAAGUCGAUGCAGAGGGGAUGGACUUCAAAGAAACCAGCUGUGUAACACAACAAACACAAUACUAUUUCGGUAACGUUAGCAGUUCCUACGGUAUAAUACAAGACUGUGACAACUGUUCCAGGUUUAUUCAUGCCAAGAGAAUAAAUAACACCAACCUCCUGUUUGUGGUGACUGAAAAACUUGACUGCGACACGUGUAACAUAGAGAAACUGUCUCAGGAAGAGACAGAAUACACACAAGAGGACCCAUGUUUGGAUCCGCCACCAGUACGAUAUAGAAAGGGACCCACCACCUGUUUUGAUUACAACAUUGUAGAGAACACCACAGACUGUGGGCGAGGACAUUCUUUUUACCCAUCCGUCUACACUUUACUCUUCCUUCAGAUCCCUCUCCUCUGUCUAGUGGUCCGCCCUAACAUUUUGGCUUUCAUUCUUUAACUUUAUUCUCUGCGCAUCGCCCUUCUCUUCCUUGUCCUAUAUUUGUUUCAUCCCCGUUGCUUUAGUCAUAGGUACUACAGGGACUUCUUACUGCCCUUAUAUGGAAGCCCAGCAUACUGCUUCAUUUCGCUUUACAGGUUACAGAUCAGUAACCGGCGCAGAACUUGAUCACCUGUUGUCAAUCAGCAGCAUUUCUGGAAGGAGUCAAAAAUCCUUUGAGCUAGAUAAAGCUAAAGAAGUCAACGAGCAUCAAGUUGUAUAAAGGCAAAGUAAACGGAAAGACAACCA